CCUCAUUUCUCCUAUGGGUUUGCUCUAUAAGUUAAGUAACAGCUCAGCUUCUUUCUGGAAUCAGACUUUUACUGUACUACUUUAUGACUUUUACAUGUUCCUCACAUUUUAAAGACGUCACCUCCCCUCUUCUUAUUUUCAAUUUUCAAUGCUUGCUCUAUGUAUUUUUCUGGCACUUCAAAGAGACUAAGCAGCAGCAAGAACAUAUUUAUCAUUCAAUAGAUUGUCAUGGAUUCAAGCAUUGUGAAAUUCCACUUUCUUGCCUUAAACAUAUUUCGAUUGCUAGCCUCAAGCCCCUUCGAUUUGUGUGAAAAUGCUGAUAGAACCAGGAUUACACCUAGCCAUGGAUGUUACAAGCAUUUACGACUGCUGCAGUUUGAAUCAACUACUCCAGAUAACUCUUUUCCCUACGGAAUCUACGCUUCUCCUCCUCUUCUUUCAGGAGCUGUACCACCGAUUAGUCCAAACUCUCCUCCAGUUGGGAUAUCCACUCCUCCUCCAAUGUCUGUGCCACCAAGUCCAGAAAAAUCUUCUCCGUAUGGGACAUUCAAUCCUCCUCUUACUCCUUCAGGGGCUAUGUCAACACCUUUACUUCCCACUUCUCCACCGCCAUCGCCACUAUCUCCAAGUGCACAAACCCCACAGCAUAAUGCACCUAUGCCACCAGCAGUUAAUCAGCCACCAACGAAUAAUAGUCAUUCAUCAUCACCACCACCACCACCUCCUAAGAAAGCUGAAAAUGUGGUUUGGUGUGUGGCCAAACCAACUGUACCAGCAGACUUGAUUCAGCAGGCAUUGGACUAUGCUUGUGGUUCUGGUGCUGGUUGUGAUGUCAUACAGCCCAAUGGGGCAUGUUACCAGCCGGCUACUCUUCUUUCUCAUGCUUCUUAUGCUUUCAAUAGUUGCUGGCAGAAGAAGAAACAGGGUGGAGGAACUUGUGACUUUGGAGGCACUGCCAUGCUCGUCACUGUUGAUCCAAGUUAUGAUCAGUGUCGUUUCACAUACAACUAAUCUUGGAAGACAACACUUGAAAUUACAAUGAUUAUACAACGACGUUAUGCCCAUGAGCAGAGGGACACGAUGUUUUUGCAUAUGUUAUUUUUACUACAAAUGACUGAU